AUGGCGUCAGGUUCAGACAUUGGAAAAACACUUCCUUACGCCGGUAAAUGGACCACCACCACGCUUUCUUCUUACGACGAGGAUGUGGUUCCAGAACCAUCGUUGCGUCUGGACUUACAAAAGGUUUGGGAAAGUCAAGUAAUCUUUCCUUAUUCUGUUGAUAAUCUUGUGCAUGCGUUUGGGGGACCCAAACCAAGUGAUAAAAGCCGGAAUUCCAAGGUUCUGUCUAUUUUCCCUGUUUACAAACCUUGUGCUCCUAGGGUUUUCAUUAGUGAACCCUAUAAUUUUAGCUACAUCAAAGCACCUAACAGGGUGUUUCGAUCAGCACCUUCUCUGAAUGACCAAUACCUUGGCUGGUUAGACAGGAUACAACGUGAUAAAGCUGACAUCUGGCAAGCUUGUGGUAAUUAUGACCUUAUUCAACUUUCUCGGACAGGCCUUAAAUAUCAACAAGAGAUGAUUAUUGCUGCUUUACACUUCUUUGAGUCUUCCACCAACACCUUUCAUUUCGAGUGUGGCAUGAUGACUCCUACACUGCUAGAUGUUGCUGCCAUUACUGGCCUAUCACCUCUUGGUGACACUUAUGAUCCUUUCAAAGCUUCCGACACCAUCAAAUUUGAUUUUCGAAACAAGUCUUACUCCAAAUACAUUGUUGAAAAUCGAAAAACUAAUGAUGAAGUGACAAUUCAACUUUGCUCGACUUGUUCUUGUGAACACCUUAAGAGAACAGGCGAUGGAUCUACCUUUUUAGGUGCUGGCCCCUUCUGGUUGCUGCAAUUGUGGUUAACUGCCACAUUCCAUACUGAACUUGACCUUUUCUUGCCUGAGCCAUAUUACGAGGAGUCACGAACGCGCCAAAUCGAAGGCACAAGGCUGGCAAGGAUGGUUCCUAGGGAAAGAGGCCUUAGUUAUGAUGUGGCUUUCCAACAAUACUUUAAUGCUUUUCUCAGCCUGAAGAAAUUCAAGCCUAGCUUUGCUCCUUUUGUGGAUAGGCCACUUGGUCCCCCUUGGUUUACUCAAGCAUUUCCUUCCCCACCAGAGUUUGAGGUGGUAACCAACAGUAUUUGGAGUGCCUACUUAAUGCCCACAGUCUUGUCCUGUCGAAUUGGCUUGACUUCUGGAGACUUUGGGUUAGUUGGCUAUUUCCCAAACCUGGUGUCUCGCCAAUUUGGCUUAACUCAAAUACUCCCUAAGAGCAUAUAUUUGGAAGAAAGGGAGGUUUGCUUAGGCAAGCAUGGCAUGACAGAACCACAGUUCCAUUCAUUCCUGAACCAUUUUAACCAGCCUUCUUAUGAGCUUACCCCAUUCGACUUUGCUCCCUCGCAUGCUUGCACUAGGGAAUUCUUUAACUGGUGGUCUCGACAUUAUGAAGGACGCCUGGUUAAUAGGACUGCCUUGCUUACUGCUAUCUCUGAUGGGUUUGACUCAUCUAUUUUAAACAAGAUCAAGUCAAAGCUGAACGCCAGAGGGAGUAAGUCGAAAACAGGUUCUAGCAACUCUAACAAACCUCUUCCUCCACCACCAAAGGUUGAACUAAAGAUUACUUCGCGCAAAAGGUCACAUUCAGCUGAAGCUCCUUCUGCUUCGAAGAAACAAAGACCUAUUCCAGCCACUUGUUCAAGUGCUCCAGAUAAGGUAUCCAUUUAGCCAAAGACUUCUUUUUCUUUUGUCUUGAAUGUGAACUUACUGAAUUAUGGCCUGUAGGAUAUUCCUGUCCUCUCGACCAUCCCUGAGCAAACUAACACUGCCACCACUCAAGAUCUUCCCCAUAAUGCUGAACCCAUUAACGACGAGAAGAAGAAAAAGAAGAAGAAGUAGAAGGAACACCA